UGCAGAUCUUGUGAGAAAAAAAUCUAGUUAAUUUCUUUUCCGAAAUCAUAAGAACUAGCCUUCUAGAUUCGUCACUAAACCUUUCACAAUAUGGGGAUUGAUGAUAAGAAGAAGCAAGAAGGGAAGGUGUCUUUCUUCAAGCUGUUUUCGUUUGCUGACACGAAGGAUGUGGUGCUCAUGACCAUUGGCACCAUUGCAGCAAUGGCAAAUGGAUUCUCUAUGCCGCUCAUGACCUUCAUCUUUGGAGAACUUAUAAAUACCUUUGGUCAUGCUAAUAAGACCAAUGUGGUUCACUUGGUUUCUAAGGUAAUUAUCAAAUUUUUCUAUUUGGCUAUUGGCUCUGGAGUUGCUUCAUUCCUACAGGUAUCAUGUUGGAUGACCACUGGAGAAAGGCAAGCAGCUCGAAUUCGUGGCUUGUACUUGAAAACUAUAUUGAGACAAGACAUAGCAUUCUUUGAUAAAGAAACAACCACCGGAGAAGUGAUUGGAAGAAUGUCAGGGGACACAAUUCUCAUUCAGGAAGCCAUUGGUGAGAAGGUUGGAAAGUUCGUACAACUUGUGGCCACAUUUUUUGGAGGUUUCAUAAUAGCAUUUAUAAGAGGAUGGCUUCUCUCACUUGUCUUGCUGUCUUCUGUUCCUCUUAUUGUAAUCUCUGGUGGUAUCCUCUCAAUAUUAAUAUCAAGAUUGUCAACCAGGGGGCAAACUGCAUAUGUUGAUGCAGGAAAUGUUGUUGAACAAACCAUUGGAGCAAUAAGAACAGUUGCUUCAUUUACUGGCGAGAAGCUAGCCAUUUCAAAGUACAACCAGUUUAUUAAAGCAGGAUAUAAAUCUGCUGUUAAACAAGGGAUUGCAUCUGGCAUAGCACUUGGUACUGUAUUGUUGAUUGUCUUUAGUACCUAUUCACUGGCGAUAUGGUAUGGUGGUAAGCUGAUUCUUCAACACGGAUAUAAUGGUGGUGCAGUCAUUAACAUUAUAAUGGCAGUUAUGACAGGUGGAAUGUCUCUUGGUCAAGCGUCACCCUGUGUGACUGCAUUUGGUGCAGGGCAAUCUGCAGCAUAUAAAAUGUUUGAGACAAUUGAAAGAAAACCUGCAAUUGAUGCUUAUGAUACAGAGGGUAUGGCGUUGGAAGAUAUGAAUGGUGAUAUUGAUUUGAAAGAUGUAACUUUUAGCUACCCAGCAAGGCCAGAUCAUUUGAUAUUCGAUGGUUUCUCACUACAUGUACCUAGUGGCAAAACUAUGGCUCUAGUCGGGGAGAGUGGCAGUGGGAAAUCCACUGUGAUUAGUCUGGUGGAGAGGUUUUAUGAUCCACAGGGUGGUGAAGUCCUGAUUGAUGGUGUAAACUUGAAGAACUUGAAUCUCAAAUGGAUUAGAGAAAAAAUUGGACUUGUAAGCCAGGAGCCCAUUUUAUUUACAAUGACAAUCAGAGAAAAUAUUGCAUAUGGAAAGGAAAGCGCAACCCCUGAGGAAAUCCGGGCAGCAGUUGAGCUUGCUAAUGCUGCAAAUUUCAUUGACAAGAUGCCCAAUGGUCUGGACACCAUGGUGGGUGAGCAUGGAACACAGCUUUCUGGUGGGCAAAAACAGAGGAUUGCUAUUGCCAGGUCAAUCUUGAAAAACCCAAAGAUCUUGUUAUUGGAUGAAGCUACUAGUGCAUUAGAUGCAGAAUCAGAGCGAAUAGUUCAAGAAGCACUUGUUCGGGUCUUGGUAGAUAGAACCACCAUCAUCGUGGCUCAUCGUCUGAGUACAGUGAAGAAUGCAGAUACAAUAUCAGUUGUUCACUGUGGAAAAUUAGUAGAACAAGGUUCACAUGCAGAUUUGAUCAAGUAUCCUGAAGGAGCAUAUUCCCAGCUCAUUAGACUGCAAGAAAAUCAAAAACAGGAUGAAGAGCCAGAUAAGCAUUUAAAAAAUAUGGUUUUAAGUAAUGAUACAGUAACACCAAUAGUCAGAUCAGUGAGUCAUAGAUCUACAAGGAGAUCAACUAGUAGAGGCCACACUGUAAUUUCUCAUAAUAGCAAUAGAGAAGAUGAUCCUGAAAAAGCUCUAGAAAUAUAUGAGAGUGGGGUUCGCAAACAAGUCUCAAUCAAACGGCUGGCAUCUCUCAACAAGCCAGAGACACCGGUUCUUGCACUAGGAUCUAUUGCAGCUGCUAUUGGUGGAUUGGUACUCCCAUUGUUCGGACUCUUGUUAUCAAGCGCCAUACAGACAUUCUAUGAACCUCCACAUGAGCUUCGCAAACAUGCUAGUCUUUGGGCGUUAAGGUUUCUGGCCCUGGGAUUUGCUUGUUUUGUGGUAUUGCCUGCACAAAAUUUCCUCUUUGGCAUGGCUGGUGGAAAACUGAUUGCACGUAUCCGUUCACUUUCAUUUGAGAGUUUGGUGUACCAAGAGAUCAGUUGGUUUGAUGAGCCCUCACAUUCCAGUGGGGCCAUAGGUGCUAGGCUGUCUGCUGAUGCUACAACAGUUAGUGGAAUCGUGGGAGAUAGCUUAUCAUUGAUGGUUCAGAACUUGUCUACGGUGAUUGCUGGGCUUGUGAUAGCCAUGAUUGCUAAUUGGAAGCUAGCAUUAACAGUUAUAGCCUUGCUUCCUUUAAUUGGUUUGCAAGGGUAUGUGCAAAUGAAGUUUCUCAAGGGUUUCAGUGCAGAUGCAAAGGUCAAGUAUGAAGAAGCAAGUCAGGUAGCAAAUGACGCAGUUGGAAACAUCAGGACCGUGGCAUCAUUUUGUGCGGAGACGAGAGUGAUGGAAGCAUACCAGAAGAAAUGCGAAGGCCCCUUGAGAAAUGGAGUCCGACAAGGUAUCAUUAGCGGGUUGGGCUUUGGCUUCUCGUUUGCAGUGCUAUAUGUUGGUUAUGCCAUUUGUUUCUAUGUUGGAGCUCAUUUCAUCCAUAACGGGAGUGCCACUUUCAGCCAAGUCUUCAAAGUGUUUUUUGCAUUAACGAUGGCAGCUUCAGGUGUAUCACAAACCAGCGCUUUCGGUCCAGACACCAACAAAGCCAAGGACUCAGCCGCUUCAAUCUUUGAGAUUCUUGACCGCAAGUCCAAGAUCGAUUCCAGCAUUGAUGAGGGCAUCACGUUGUCAGAUGUGAGAGGCGACAUUGUGUUUCAACAUGUCAGCUUCAAGUACCCAACCAGACCUGAAGUUCAAAUCUUUAGAGACCUCUGCUUGACUGUUUCCUCUGGAAAGACUGUUGCGCUAGUUGGUGAGAGUGGUAGUGGAAAAUCUACGGUUAUCGCCAUGCUAGAGCGAUUCUAUGAUCCAGAUUCCGGUAUGAUCUUAUUCGACGGAGUGAAACUUCAGGAUCUAAAGAUCAGCUGGUUAAGACAACAAAUGGGAUUGGUGAGCCAGGAACCAGUGCUAUUCAACGACACAAUCCGUGCCAACAUUGCUUACGGCAAGCAAGGAGAAGUAUCCGAAGAGGAGAUAGUAGUAGCAGCCGAGACCGCGAACGGGCACAAGUUCGUGUCCGCAUUACCUCAAGGGUACGCCACCAACGUUGGCGAGAAAGGAGCACAGUUGUCUGGUGGCCAGAAACAAAGAAUUGCGAUAGCAAGAGCCAUUCUCAAAGACCCCAAGAUUUUGUUACUCGAUGAGGCCACAAGUGCUUUGGACGCUGAGUCUGAGCGUGUGGUUCAAGAGGCACUGGAUAAAGUUAUGGUUGGGAGGACUACAAUUGUGGUGGCGCACCGGUUGUCAACAAUCAGAGGAGCUGAUGUCAUAGCGGUAGUUAAGAAUGGCGUGAUUGUCGAGCAAGGGAAACAUGAGGAGCUUAUAGAGUUGCCUGAUGGAGCUUAUGCAUCACUGGUGGCGUUACAUUCCAGCUCUACCUCUUGAUCUUUGUCAGGGAAUAAUGUUGUUUUCUAAAUUUUAAACUGUUACCUCUCACAAAAUUGAUAUUUACAUUA